CACACAUCACGCUGGUUGUGGCCUUUCCUCACAGCCUGAACCACCCGGGCCGUGGCCGACCACACGACCAGAUCUACAACCAACUCAGCGGCGACUCCGCCGCUGCCCCGACCUCACGACGGCGGCCGCGACUGUCUCGCCGAAGCUCCUCUACCAAAGGUACGAAAUGGCUGGGUCAGUUAGCUCCGAUGAUUUUUGCGCCGCCGGCGGCCGCCGAACUGAACCAACACCGGCGAAAUCAUCAGAUAGCAGGCGAACUAGUGCGUCAGGCAGCCGAUCUGACGCAAUUCCACCUAAUUUCACUUCUAGGAGCUCUGUCGGGCACGUUGUCACUAUUAUCGACAGUUUCAGUGAAUACAAGCGGCGGCUAGUAAAAGAGAUAGGAUUCGGGGGGUGCUAGAGCUGCCAAUGAUCCAGAAGUUAAAACUCAAGCUUAGUGCUUGGGCAAUGAGCAAGGUCGAUGUCACCCAACGUGCAUUUGUUAUUAAUCCAAAGAUAAUUCUCCCGUUCAAGCCAGCGGAUGUGGCCAAGGUCUUCGAGAUCCCAUGCGGCAACAGGGAUGUGCGUGGACCGAAUGGCAACAUCAACGAAGAGUCUGUUUCAUUUAUAAAAAAGACCCUAGGCAUGGACCAGUCCGCAGCACACAGCUUGCGCGUUGCGGAGGAGUUCAUGAUGCGGAACAUAACUGAAGAAUCAAGCAAGUUGGAGAAAGACUGUUUUCUGAUAGCGUUCGUGAUCUUUGUAAUGGGUCAUCUCCUAGAUCCUUCGUCGAAACAUGACUACAAGAGCAUCAAUUUCUGGGGCGCCAUUGCUAAUACCGAAGAGAUAGCCCAGUUCAAUUGGUGCGAGUAUGUGUUGCAGGCCUUGCUUGAUGCGGUCACAAAACUGAAGGUUGAUAUGGAUAAUGGCGUCACGACAGCAAACCUUACUGGAUGCCAUCUUUUCCUUCAGGUGUUCCUUCUUGAUAACCUUGACUUGGGGAUAUUCAACCUGAAACAUGAUGUUUUCCCUUGGGUCAAAAUGUUCGACCAGGACACCUUGCGGCGCAUGACUAUAAUGGCGUCCGACGUUGGAGUACCUGAGCCGUCAUUCGCGUCAUCAAUGUUGAGAGAUGCAGCGACCGUAUGCUACUCCCAGAGCGUUCAGACUGACAAGCCCCGCACCGACAACCCGCCAUUGUCUCGAACCUGGUCCCCUCUCCCGCCACGCGCGCGCCGGCACCUCCCUUACUGUACCGAAGGACAGUGUAGUCAAUCGCCCAUCUCCAAUGGUCGCAGUUGCCAAGAAGACCACGCCCCCAAGGCAAAUGACCGCUGUUGACUACUCGAACUAUAUCACAAAUCGAUACCCAACUAUGUCAUCCCAAACGAUAGCGGUUCUUCUCCGUGAACAGAAUGCACGGGCGGUGCGCCAUCUUACCACGGCUCGGCAAAAUAUCCAGAAUGACAUGGUCAACUUCACAGACAAGCUAAUGUCAGCGCUUGCUUCUGGAUGCACAUGCUGCACUGCUAGGGGUUUUUCUGAUUGCCCUGUUAGACCGCAGACGCUAGACGAGGAAAGCGCAUCAUGCCGCGAAAAACGCAAGUUUGCUCUUCCUGGAGCCACGCACAGUGCACAAGCUUCAUACCACACUCUAAAGUAUCACAAACUUAGCGGUCUCAAGUUGGACCUCUCCGACUGCGAAUGUUUUUUUAAAUCCUGCGAUAAUUAUCCAUGCCAAAUUUAUUUUUCUGUUCUAUAUGUUGCUAAAGCAAUUUCCUCUGUUAUUGCCCUUUCUCCCCUACAGUUGAAAGUCCACCACAGAGAAGCGGCGUGCGAAAAGGCAGCAUGCAAACCGAGCCAACACGCAAACCCGGCCAUCAUGCGGCCACAUCAAGCCACAACAAGGACAAACAUCAUGGAAGAAGCGACGCCAUAUGCAACGCCAUACAACAGUAUGCCAUAUGCAUAGCUGAAGCAGUUAAGGACAUAUACGUCGAUAGUAUUCAAGAAAACCAGACAGGCGUUUUCUUUUCCAUCUCCACCGCCGAGCUACCCAAACGGAAAUACGUAUCAUCAAGGAGCUAUGCAGGGAAUCCAUGGUUUAAAGGCCGCCCAGUCGUGCCUCCUAAAACUGAUAUAGCCGACUUGCUGGAAGCCUAUCUGCCAUCGCUGCCCGACAAUCAGCUGGCACAAAACUUGAUAGUUCAUGGUACCCCCCGGGAGAUUAGAAUCAGAGGUGUCGAAAUCCAACUACAGAUCAUCAGCAAUAGCAUGCUCAAUCACGAGCUUGGUUCCAUCCUUAUACGUCAACUAAUGCAGAUGGACAGCGAAGCUAAUUUGGAUACACCUUGCCUAACACACCGCCACAUCCUCGAAUGUUAUUUCUCGAUACGAAUGCACCAUGCUAGCAAUGUCUUCGGUUCAUUUCUCAUUUCUCCGCGCAGCCCAUUUUGUUUCGCCACCUGCAUUAAUCAUAAUGGCCUCCUGAAUUGUUUUAAUUGUUCCUUCUUUGCAGACCUUAGCCCUUGCCGAAAAUUCAAGUAUUUCUAGGUUUUUAGAGAUCCAGAAUCAGUUUAUUGGUCCGGUUGUGCAGCACGCAGUAGAGGCAUGCCAACUAGUAAUGUUUUUUACCCCGCCAAUACUUUUGAGCAAACCCUUUCUCCCCCUGUGACACAAAUGGCACGACUAGAGCUCACAAAUUGUGUCUCCGAAAACAAAAAAACUGUAGUUUUACAUCCCAGCAAUACUUCGAGAGGGGUGGGCUCUCUACAUGUGGGACAUGCUCCAAAGGGUGAUCCACAUCAUCGCUCCCUCUGUUGGUGGCGGGGUAUGGAAUGCUGAGCAGAAGGAGCGGCACGAGCUCAUAGCGUCCCGGCUCCAUGAUGCUUUGUUCCAAUGCUUGGAAGACUUCUUCGCAGUAUGGCCUACGCCAAAAGAAAAUUGGUCAACUAAGUUUCCUCAACUCUUUGACACUGCAUUCACUAGGCAUGCUCGCUGUCAACCUAGGUUCACAAGUUUUAUAGAAUUUGAGGACAUUAUUUCCUUGUUGCUAUCUCGUUCUAAUACUUGCUUCUCCUUUUCAUAAUACGUGUUAGGGAGGAAACCGGGUACUGUGUUAUGCAUACCAUCAGGUACCACGACGGAGAUAAAUUACGAGUCCCCAUAACAAGGGACACCCUUAAGACCACUAAGCUAUGUGCGCUGCAAGAUGCAAUGAAGCUGCAGGGGAACCAAUCUUCACUCCCAGCUGACGCAAUAUGGCAGAAUGCAAUGUCCUCAUCAUGCAGGGCAACCUCGUCAUCACUUUCAGCAGCAAUACUUGGAACAAGGGCUGGCAGCGCCAUCGUCGAUGCAAGGCAACGCUGCUUGCACACGCAUCAGCUUGAUCAGCUGGGUUGACAAAGCGUGUAGCCUCUACGCCAACCCACGCCUUUGCACUCCAAGGAAUAUGAAAACGGCUAUCGCCUGCCUCCCCACCAGCAACUGCAACUGCAAGCAAACGUCAACCCCAAUCAAAUUCAUGGUCAUGCACUCUAUAGCCUACAUUCCAGAAAUUCAAAGAAUGGAGCUCCUCGGUUGCGGAAUCAUUUACCUGAUCCAGAUGGUUCUCUGCGAGAAGAUCCAGCACCAGAACCUACAUCAGCGCCAACAAGUGAGAUGUUGCCUCCUCGGUCUGCAAUUUUUGGAACUUUUUCCUAUCAGCUAUCAGUGCACUCAUAGUUCUACAUAUCGAAUAUUUUGUUAAUAAUGCGACCGCCCCACACCGCCCCACACUGCUUCGUGCGCCAUGCUAACAGCAUUAGGGUACAGCUUGCUUCCAAAACAAUACUGUAGUUUCUUCUUUUGAUCAUCAACCUACAUGAUUAUACUCUCCACAA